UUUCAUAUAUCUUCGUCUUUUGGUGUCACAGGUACUAGUACAAAUUGUAUUAGUUACGAAAAUUAUGGCGAGUGGAAGAGAAUUUUACGCAGGUUCGCGAACUUUCGAAUGGUUAGCUUUGAUUGUAGGCCUUCCGAUUGAUCAAUUUAACUUCCUCAUAUGUCAGUUUAUAGCCUUGCUGCUUGCCAUUGUUUACAAAAAAAUACUUCCACCUAAUAAAGUAACACCUGAAAUUCGACAUACAGUUGCUUUAAUGAUGGGAAUUGUACUUGGGUAUUUUUGUUUUGGGCACCAAAUCAGCCACUUGUGUGUCUUGGGUACGUUGUCCUACAUUAUAAUGAACAAUGUAAAUCCACAAAUUAUGCACAGAGGAGUGUUAUUUGUUGCUCUACUCUACCUCUCCUCUCUUCACCUACUUCGAUUGACUUAUGACUAUGGUGGUUGGACACUAGAUAUCACAGGACCUGUCAUGAUUGCAACUCAGAAAGUUAGCAGUGUGGCAUUUAGUCUUCAUGAUGGAUUAGCAAGGCCAGAAGAAAAACUUAGUCUGGACCAAAAGCGAUAUGCUCUUAGACAAAGUCCAUCAAUGCUGGAGUUCUUCAGUUACAUAUUUCACUUUCAAGCUCUUAUGUGUGGCCCUUUAAUGUUUUACAAAGACUACAUUGAAUUUAUUGAAGGAAAGCCUUACAACAGAGUCAAGCACCCUCAGAACAAGCUGGUAGAUGAAAUAACUAAACAACUGGUCUACCAGGGUCCUCCAAUGGAACAGGUAAUGCAGAAAGUAGCAGUUAGCAUUUUCUUUGCUCUCUUCCUGAUGAUUGUUGUUCCACAUUUUCCUAUUACAUACUUGACAGAAGACAAGUUUUUAAGUGAAACACCAUGGCAUGCACAAAUGUUAUACAUCCUAGUUGCAACAUCAGUAGUAAGAAGCAAAUAUUAUCAUGCUUGGCUUUUAGGAGAAGCAGUUUGCAAUGCAGCAGGGCAAGGAUUCAGUGGGUUUUCCAGUGAUAAUCAGCCGAAGUGGGAUUUACUAUCUAAUGUUGACAUUGUGAGGUUUGAGCUGUCAGUGAACUUCAGAGAAUCCCUUGAAACAUGGAACAAAACAACGCAGAAUUGGUUAAAAAUGAUUGCUUAUGAUAGGGCAGCCAGACAUAAAACACUGGUAACCUACAUCCUUUCAGCCAUCUGGCAUGGUUUUUAUCCAGGGUACUACUUCACUUUUCUUGGUGGAGCUCUACUUACUAUGGCAGCUCGUUCUGUGCGACGAAGUGUACGUCCAUAUUUUCAAACCAGUAGGCCAAUGGCAGUGUUUUAUGACAUCCUUUCUUGUCUGGCUACACGAGUGGCCUUAGCCUACAUAGUGUUUCCUUUUAUCCUCUUGGAAUCAAUGGCCUCUCUCAAGGUUUAUUGGAAUUUCUAUUUCUCAGGACACAUAAUAGCUCUCUUAGCCAUAUUUGUACUACCCGUAGUUUUGCCACCGCCAAAGAAAUCUGGCAAAAGUUCUUCAGCUGAAAAUGACAAGCUCAUCCCAUCAGCCUCAGAUAUCAGUGAAUUUCUACAACCACCUACAUCAUGCAGUUGAUCAGAUAUAUUGUCCCAGGUUUCACAUCUGUAUCUUUUUACAUGCAUAUAUGUGCAACUGUUUAGGGAAUACAUAAAGCCAUUUGUGCAAGCUGUAGAAAGAUAACAGUUAGAAGGUCGUGCCAUUGGUCAAAAUAUUAAAUUCCUUGAUUUUUAUUUUCACUGUUGUGUUUAUCAGUGGAGAUAUCUUGUGUAUUAUUUGACAUUUGCUGAUGUAGAAUUUAAAUUUUUUUUUAAUUAUGAACUUGACACCUAUCAAAAAACUAGAAUGUUAACUUAUAGUUGUCCAGUAAGCCUAUUUUGGACAAACUAUUCAUGUUUAUGUCUUAAACAGGAAUUUGUGAGUUUAUCAAGAGUGCAUUAAUACAUACUUGUAUGCUUUUUAUAUGGGUAACAUAAAUUACUGAUACUUCCUGAGUUCAUACCAGUUUAGGUUGUUUCUUAAAUAUAAAAUCUUAAUGAGAUUUUAUUUACUUUAAUUAGUUACUAAAUGUAAUUAAUAUUUAUGUAUUUUAAUCUGUGUAAAAUAAUUGAAAAAAAAUUUAAUUUUGUUCAAUAUUCUAUCAAUAUUAGUUGAUAGCACAAAAUUAUCUAUAUGAAAAGAUGUUAAUUAUUUCGCUGUUUUGUGUUAUCUGAUUACUUUAGGUAUAUCUGUGAUUAUGGGAUUAUGAUUUCAUUGUCAUAAUCUGUUAUUUUUAUUAAUUUAUGUUUAAAUUGCUGGUAAUCAACAGUAAUUGAAAAAAUAUGAUUUUAUAAAAGCACAUUUUUUGUAUAUCAAUUUAGAAAUUCUAUACUUUGUUAAACUUGAAUACUAGUAAGUAUAAGUAGCAACUAAUUAGAUUUCAUAUUUUGGACAUUUUGGUUUGUAAAAACAAGUAUGUUUUAAUUUGGUUAUUUAGCUAUAGGUAUGGUUGUUAUUAAUUCAUUUUUACACAUUGGGAAGUGUGAUGCUAAAUGAAUCAAAUUUCUUGUUCUUGUGAGUCUUCUUUUUUGCUACUUUUUUUUUUUUGCCAAAUUUUGUAUAAAAAACAUUUUAGGUUUUAGCAGUAUCUUCUUUGAGACUACCUGAUUGGACAGUGUUAGGAUUUAAAAUAUUGGAUAACUAAGAAAAUUUAUUUUGUCUUUUUGACCAUAGAUAUAUUAUUAAAACUAUGCUUUCAUAUUUAAUGAAAAAAUUAUAUAAACAAUAAGGAAACAUUUUUAAGUUAGUUUCAGCUUAAGGGUAUUUUUAACAUGAACCAAAAUUUCUUCAAAGCUUCAUUUAACUACAUGUGUGUAAUUUGAGUAUUGCCUUAAAACAGAAUUAUUUUAAUAACUGAUCCUGAAACGUAGGUUAGAGGAAAAUAUAACUCUUUUAAUCACAGUACAGGUGCAAGGAAGACAGCAUCAUAAAAAGUAGUUUCAAGAAAAGAAGGCCUGUGAAAACAGUAAUCAGCCUGUGUGGUUUAUUUUACAUAGCAAGGUUAUUGUUUGUUAAGUCUUAUUGAUGAGUAGUCUACAAGGUUUUACUGAAAUAUAAUUUAAUUUUAAAAGAAAGUAGGUGGGCUAUAACUUCAGUAAUUUAGAUAAAGAAGAAAGCAAUAUAAUGAACUUUUAUAAAAAGGGUUACAGUAUGGUUGAUCACUGUAACCCUGGAUUAAAAAAAGCUAAGAAAAGGAUGUGUAUAAUUUAACUUCCAUUUUUUAUGGCAUAAAAAGAACAGUAGUAUGUUUCUUUUACAAAUGUUGACUAGAAAUAUUAGGAGCAGGAGUUGGCCCUGGGGUAGAGCUCUGACUUUUAGAGCUGGGUAUGAUACUACAAAACAUUCCUUAAAUUUAAGUUGUGGAUAUAUUACAAGAGUGACAGUCAGUCCUUUAUUAUGGUGGGUGGUAGGGUGCAUCUAACUGGCUGCCAUCCCUCUGGUCAGUAGUAUAAAAUUAGGGAUGGUGAGCCUUGGUAGCCUUGCCAUAAAUAAAUAACAAACAGAAGUAUUAGAUAAUAAACAUUCUAUAUUAAUAUACUGUUACUUGUUUUGCAGUGUUCUUUUCUCCUCUGGUUUGUCUAUGACAUUUCUAAAUUGUAUUUGAUCAUUAGGGUAAAUUUUAUUCAUCUGUUUGGAAAAACAAAUAAUGACAAAAGUGUUUACUUGAAUUUUUUUCAAAUAUUCAAUUAAUAUAAAAUUACAUUUUUUCAUUGAUGUAAUCUGAGUUUUAGGUGUGCAACAAAAGAAAUGGGUUUGUGGCUAAGAUUCUUUUAAAUAAUAACUUAGAUGUUUUGUUUUUUUUGCCUUGAUCUUUCUUUGAAAAGCACAUUUUCUACCCUUUUUUGAUGUGUAAUAAGAAAUGACCAUCUAUUAGUUCUUACAGUCCACAAAGUUACCUCUGAAAAUUAGUUUUAUACGUGAUAUAUGUUACCAUAUAGUUGCUACAUAUUUACUAACAUAUUUGAAUUUAACAAAAGGAAUUUAUUAAGUUUGAUUGUUUUUUGAUUAGGUAAUAGUCUUUUUUUUUUUUCAAAUGAAAAAUAUAUGCUUUUUUUUUAUUUUGGUGCCAAAGAAAAGUUCAUUAUGAAUAAUGCAACUAUUAGAAUAUUAAAAUAAACUUCACAGUAUUUCAUAAGUUUAUCUAGUUUAUAUGUUUUCCGGAAUGGUACUGAUUAUCAUAAUUUUAUAAUCUUAAAUUCUUUGAUUGGGCUUUGUUUUAAAGGAUGUAGUAGAGGGCCACUAUUUUUCUAGUAACAAUCAACAUUGCUACAUCAUUUGUAACUUGUAUAUGUAUACUAAAUUUGAAUAGAAGAUAGAAAAAAUUUAUGUAUAAGCCUGAUUGUAUUUAAAGAUUAUUUAUAAAUUUUUAUUUUGCAUGUUUUAGUUAAUCUUUUUAUGGAAUUAAACAAACAAUAGCUGCUAUUCUGAAAUGCCUUGAUUAUGCAAUAAAACUGUAUAUCAUUUAGCUUUGACCUUUAAUUAGUUUUAAAAUUAAUUUAUAAUAAAGAAAGCAUUUUAGAAAAUGUACUUUACUUGGGCAUCAUUGUGAAUUUUUAAUGUUUUCUUCAGCCAUUAACUCUUAAUAAUUUAUUACAAACAUCUAUUUCCAAGCCUGAAUCUGAUAAAUGAUCACACAAGUAGCAAAUGUUGUAAGACUUUACCUGAAAAUACCUUUUUAUCAAGGCAGAUCUAACAUUUUCUGUACAAAAUUUAGGACAUUGUUAAAGAUGUCAAAUCACUGUCAUGUUCAUGUUGUGUACAGAAAGGUUUUAUUCUGUGAUAUCUUAAAAUGAAAAAUGGAUUAUUACUGAAAGAAAGAUAUUUUAAAGGGGUUUUUUUUUGGACUAGUUUAUUAGGUCUAAUUUUUUUUAAUUGCUUUAUUAAAUCAUUUUGAUGUGGUUAUUUACUAUUAUUUUCUCAGUAUAAAGAAUUAGAAACUGUAUGUGCAUGUUUCACAUGAAGUUGUAAGCUUAACAUUAUGCAUUAUAAUAAUAGUUAAUUGUGUCAUAUUUAUCUGAGGCAUGUGGUUUCUAGAAAUUCUAUGUUAGCUAUAGGGGGGAUAAGGACUAUGAACCAGUGGAGUUUUCUUUGUCUUUGAACAAUUUAUAGACAGCUAUACACAUUCAGAGUACAGUUAUGAAAGACAUUUUUAACUCGAGUUUUUGACUUACAGACUUAAAGAAACAUUUUGUUAUUUUUUUCUUACUGGAGGCUAAGUUUAUGCACGAGUCUCUUGUGUCACAUUUUUCUGUAUUAUCUUUUCUUCUUUAUUAAUGUAUUCUUAUGUUUUGGAGUAAAAAAUGUGGGAUUGUGUGAAUGUUCCUGAGAAUUUUAUGGAGGAAAAUGCUAAUAUAAAUUUAUUUUUAUACUUUAGGUUAAGCAAGUUAUUAAUUUUUUGUUUUCAUAUUAAAUAUGAGAAAUAGAAAAAUCUUGUGUGUGUAUAUAUAUAUGAGAAGAAAGUAUGCUUUAAGAAAGCAAGACACUACUGAUUAUAUCAGUAAUACAUAUUUUGAUUGCAAAUAAGAUCAUGUUGGUUAGAACAGGAUUUUACAGUAUUGAAUACAGGAUAUAGUUCUUGCUGGUUACAGCAGGAAUUUACAUUCUUAGAUUUGAGACACUGAAUAAAAGUAAAAUAUUGAUUAUAUAAAAAAACGAUUACUAGAAUGUUUUGCUAUGUUUAUUUCCACAUUUAUUUUUAAUUCAGUAUUUAGACAAUACAGAAUUUAGGUUAUUACCUUAGUUGAAAGGUGUUACGUUAUCCUUUUAGUGUUACAUUUAAGCUAUUUCUCACCAAUUUUUAUCUAAAAGUUUGUUCUCCUUCAGUUCAGAAUCAACAACUGGAAAUAAAUCUAAGAUUUACUUAUGUGCUGUAUUAUAGAAAAUUAGAUUUUUUAACCAUAAAAAGUAUUUAGAAUUUAAUUUUUAAAGUGAAAUGAUUUUUUAAAUUGUAAUUUUAUCCAUAAAACAGGACCUUAAAAUUUGGUUCUCUAAAGCAAAAGAAAUUAUACAAUACAUAGCUCCAUUUAGAUAACAACCAUGGAACAUUCUACAGUUUGUAAAAUUUGAAACUUUACCAUACCUGUAGAAAAGUCUUAAUACUUAUUCAUACAUUACCUCAAAGCAUUAAAAAAAUUAUCGGGUUCAAUAAAUAUUGUAUUUGAAGUGCAGUUUUUUAUUAGAAAGCUCGUACUCUUAAAUAUUGAACUGAAGAAAAUGUUUUUCUACCAAGAGUUACAAAUAUUACUUUAAUGAAUUAAAAUGCUUGGACAUACACUACUUAUUUCACUGUUAAAGAAAAUUUUUAUUUUACAGUAUUUUAAUUGUAGAUCUGUUUGUGAAAAAUAUUAAGGAUUUUUUUAAGUACCUACAUCGUAGUCAUGCUCAUUCAACAGUAUUAGUUUAGAUGGUGAAAUUAUUUAAGGCUUAUAAGUAUUUGAGAAAUAUACUUAGAUAAAUAAACGUAUUAAUUGAUCUUAGUUGAUAGUUGUAGUAGAAAAUGUGUAAUAGUACAAAUAUUUUAUCUUAAUAGUUUGUUAAUGAUAAUUUUACAAAUACAUUUAAUCCUUAUUUCACUAGCCCUUGCAUGGAAAAGAUCAAGAUUGUGUAUCUAGUCUCAAAAAUCAAUUUUUUUUUUUCAAGUUGUAGGUAUUAAGUACAUAUAUUUAGUUAUAGGAUAAUACUAUCAUAUGUAGUGCAGUUAGUUAUGUAAAAUAUUUCACAAUUAUAUCAUAAUAUAAGGUAACUACUAAGUCAUUUUACUAAAAUACCAAAAAAUUAUUUUACCUCAAUAAAUUAGCAGUUACUCAUUUAAUUGAUUUCAUGCAUUGUUUGAGAUGUUUGUUAUUGCAUCACAAAAUGACAGUUAACGAAGAUUGCAUUGAAUGUACGUAAAUUCUUUUGGUUCAAAGUGGCAUUUAGUUUCAAAAUAAUUUAGAUUGCCUGAUGAUAUUUCAAGGAGCAGUGGCAUUAUCAUAUCUGUUCUCUGUCAUUUUGAAAUACAGGGCUGCUUAUGUUUAUGAGAAUAAUUCACACCAGUUUGAAUGAGAGUAAUUCAUACCAGUAUGAAUCUCUCAGCAUAGAUUUUUUUUCAGGUGAAAUAUAAAUAUGUAGAUAGGAAGCAGACAUUUUAUAGAGAAUUAAGAUAUUUUGUUUCCAGAUAUGGAGUACUUGUACAAAAGAAAAAAAUUAUGUUUUGCCAAUUGUACUUUAUCUUAGGCAUAUUUGGAGAUUGCAACAUAGUAGAUCAGCUAACAAAAAAAUUUCUCAACUGUUGUAAUGAUACUAAAAUAUGUGAUUAAUUAAAUAUUGCUAAUUUUAUCAAUCUACUUUUAAUUUAUAAUAAACUUUGUCAUAGUAUAAAGAAAAUUUUUAAAAUCUCCAUUUUUUACUUAAUGCUAAAUCUUCUCCUGCUAUCAGCAUGUAUGCUAAUUUUAAUAAUUUAGGACAUUUUCUAGUGAUGGAAGAUUUCCUGAUCCAUUAUAAUAUCACACUAUCUGAUGUAAUCCAAUCUGAUAUUAAUUUUGUGAUUAAUCAGAUAAUCAGUAUUUCCAUCUGUGGAUUAUCUUACAAUAUUAUGCAGGAAUGAUGCUACUUGCAUGUGCAUCACACAUAAUAGGUAUUGCACCAUCUAGCUCACUGGUGCUUUCUUCUAGCUUCUAUGUUAGUAACAUUUUCCUUGGUAAUAAAGAGAGGAAGUCCUCUUAGCUGAAAUAUAUAUAGUUGUUGUGUUACCACUGUAUGCCACAGGUGGUCAUGGUAGCGGCAAUGACAACAACAGUAAGCACAAUCCAAACAACAGUUUUAGCAGGGGAUUUGGAGCACAAAGCAGUCAUGUUCCACAUUCUGUUAAAGGACCUGCAAUGACCACUCACUCAUGCAGAACUGUAUAUCCUUAUUAAACUUUCAAAAUGAAACAAUGAAAUACUGAGGGUAAAACUGUACUACAACGAAGUGGUAGCUCACAUUUAUGAUCCAUUUGCAGUAUGUAUGGCCACAUCUACUACCUGAUCCAUAAAUAUAUAAAUCAGAUUGUAUGUGAGGAGCUAGAUACCCAAAACCUGAUAUCCAGUCAAAAAUACUAGUUGUCUCAUUGCAAGUUUCAAGUAAGUAAUAUUAAAAUUUACUGUCAUCUGUAUCUGAGAUAUUCUUUUGAUGACUGCUCGAUGACCGUAACAUUGAAGUUAUCUGAAUAUCAAGUUUCUUCUGAUGAUGUUAGUUGUCAUGUUACUUAUUAGUAGUGCAGUUUCGCUAAACAGACAGUUAUGUUUAAUUUCCAGUUAAAGUUUAUUAUUCAAUUUGAUGUCUGUACUUUUGGCUUUUAGUAUCUAAUUGUAAGAUUUUUUUUGAUUUUUUUAUUUUAAUGCUUAUUUUAAUUUGAAAUGUUUAGUAAAUACAAAGAAAAAAAUAUAGAGAGAUAAAGAUGUGUAGAUGUUACCACUUCACUCUACUAGAGCAUGCUGGAACUGAAGAGUAAGUAACUAAAAAUGCACUGAUUUCUCACAUUUGAUUAGAAAUACAUGAUUAUUUAGACACAGAUUAUUUGUUGAUACUAAUAUAAUGUGGUUUCAGUAGUCAAAUAUUUUCUCCCAGGAUUACGUAUUUGUAACAUUUAAAACAUGGAACAGAUUUGCCAUGCUAUAUAAGCACGUUUAUGUCCCAUUGUUUUACGUGUAUUGCAUAAUAAUGGCAAGCAAUCCAUGCUUUACUUUCAGUAUAAUCUGAAUUGCCAAAUAUUCCUCUCUAUUUUCAUUUGUAGGAUGAAUAAAAUUGUGUAUAUAGGGAAUUUUCAUAUGCAAUAUGUUUAAAAUAAAGUAAAACAGCAAUUCAGGGUCUUUAAUAUUCAUUGUUUAUACAUGAUAUUUGUUGUACCAUUUUGGUUUUUCAGUUCUGAAUUAAUUUAGAGUGAAUUGCUAUAUCUCAUUCUUAGAUGUGUUGUUACUUGCUUAUCAGAAUUAUAUGUUUAACAUUUAAGUGCAUUAGCAUUGUCUUAUAUAUUUUCUAUGAGCUCUCAUUUAUAGCAAUCCCUUUGACACAUUAUUGGGUAGUUUGAAUAGACCAUACUUUUCAAAAUUUUCACAUAUGUAUAUAUAUCCAUAACAGUGACAUACCUUACAACUUAUUAAAUCUCAAACAUCAUAGGGCAAGUUGCUAAAAAAUACUGACUAGCACUUUAAUAGAGGACUAGGCUGUACCUAAAAAAAAAUCUUAGUUGUGCUCAAAUCGAGUUUAUCUUGCAUUAUUGCCAAAGUAAUUAGUGCUUCGGUGUUAUUUUUCAAUGAUAGGAAAUGUAUUGUAAACUGAUAUUUUUUGAAUCAUCUGUAACUGUAUGUGUGCAUCAACAUCACAAGUAUUGUUAACAACCAAAGGAAGUUGACAGAAGUUAUAAUAAGUUACUACAAUUUUAACUUCCACCUAUAAAACAUGGUAAAUAAAUAACCUUAAAGUUUAACAUGUGAAGGAUGCUUAGCAGUAUUAUGAUGAGCUUCCUUCCUCAUAACUACUGUGUCUAAUCAGCUGCCAAGAAUGUAUUAAAUUUCAUAUUCCUAUUUUCAAUGAUUCUCAAUAAUAGGAACAUAAAUGAUGAACUGGUACUAAUUUAGUUGAUAGUGUUCAAUUAAGAGACAACUGUAUGCAUGUAGUCAGAUAUAUGUUCUUCACAGAGAAAUGAAGUAAAAGUUUCAUUAGAACCUA